CAUGUUGCUGCUUCUCUUAAGAGUUUCUUUUUUUUUUUUUUGGUAAAUGAUGAAAUAUUGGUUCAUUGCAUGAGAAAAUAGCACAAAUUGAGCUCUAUUUUGGGGGUUUUUUUCCUGAACCCAGAAGCAAAAACACAUGGAGGAGUUUUUGGGCUUUCGAAAUUGUAUAUAGAAUCUAACCCUCUAACCCCGUUACCCUGGUAUGAUUUGAAGGGUCUGUUUGGUUUCUGGGAUAAUUUUGAAAGGCACAAACUGUUGAUUAAGAAGAAUCUGAAGAGAGAAUAGAAAGAAUAGAGAUAAAAGAAGAAUAGCAGAUUAAGAAAGAACAGAGAGGAAGAGAAAAUAGAGAGGGAGAGAGAAUAGCAGAUAGUCUGCAAAAUUUAUCAAUUCUCAUUGUUACCUUCCAAGUCUCUUACAAUUCUCUUUAUAUACAAUGGAUUCCCAUUCUUUACGUCAACUAACUAAUCCUAGCUGAUUAAAACUACUAACUAACAGUUAUUAUAACCUCCUAACUAACAUUCCAAGUGUGAAUCCAUCAAUGCACUUGCUGCUGCUGCUGCUUCUUGUUGCACUCCUUCCAGCCUUCAUCAUAUCCUCUGGUUCAUAACAACACCCUCCCCAUCAAGAGAUUCUUGUCCUCGAGAAUUUAUAUUGAAAUCUGGAAACUGCCUUGAUAAUUCUUCUUGACCAUAGUUUGAUAGUAUUAAUUGGUUGGUAUUGAUAAUUGAUCUAUGUUUGUGCUUCAGAUAUUGAGCUAGUAUUUGAUAAGGUCUUUUGGAUGUUCUUUUUCGUGACUCUCUACAUGCUUGUGGGAUGCUACUCUUAGGACUGGAACUUGCUAACUUAAUAUUACUUUCACUUCUUUUUUCUUACCACUCCUCGCGGAAGAAGAUGCUCGAAGAAUUAGUUCUGACAAUGUCCUUGAAGAACGAGAUUCUCGUUAUGAUGCGUUGCUUAGUCAAAUGGUGGGCAGAAUUAAAUCUAAGCCCGGAGGAAAGCUUGAAACAGGCACCUGUGGUUGAAAGGUACGAUAGGCCCAUGCCAAAACUGAGAAACACAAAACUUGAUUCUGGCAGAUAUGAAGAAAGGCCUGGUGCUCCAGGAACUCUGAAUGUAGCACAGCUGCGCCAAAUAAUGCUCCUGUAUCAAGGGAAGGCUGAUGAUCAUGAAGGACCCAUGAACGCCCAGCAAGUUGCUGAGAAGUUUCGACUUGAAGUUGCACAAGUUCAGGGGGUCCUGCAGUUCUUAUCACUGCCGCCAGAGGAUAACAAUAAACAGAGAAGCAAUUGGUGAAAGAUUGUGGGCUUUUAGGAUACGCUGUUGAAUAAGAAAGCAGUCAAUGCCAGAAUUCCAUGUCCUUCGUUAUAGAGCUAAUCAGCAAGAUACAAAUAUACUGUUAGUUGACCGUUCUUGCGAACAGAAUUUUGGACAACAAUUUGUCCUGUUGAGUAUGUCAUCAGCAAAUUUUGUUGGUAAUCUGAUUCUGACCACUAAUUGACACUAUUUGCUUGUACAUAGAGUUGGGGAACUAUUCCCCUACUUGUUUCUUGCGCUGAUAUGUAAAAUGCCAGUCCUGUAUGUUUUAUCAACUCCGAGUUAUGCAAGGCUUUAGCAAACAGCAAGGUGACAAUGGAACUUCCCAGAAGACAUCCAGGACCUACAUGCAACUUGGGACUCCAUGAACUUCCAUCCAAACCCUUCCAUGGAUGACCAUUGCGUCUGCAAAGGCCACCCUUCAGGUGCUUUUACAAUUGAUUCUGCAUGGGAACUUCCCGCCAUUCUUUCAUACUCUGGCUUGCUUCUCUAGGUUGUCUGUGCACCAUGAAUAGGCUGCACAUGGCUCGAAUAGAAUGCGGUCUGCAUACGGAGACUCAUGAUCACUUAUUGUUCCGUUGCCACUACUCUAGCUCCUCAGUAUGGGGAACCAUCAACAACAAAGCUAACAUGCAAUGGCCUGCUAGCUCUUGGCAUCAUCUGCUUCUCUGAGCUUCAUCAACUUACCAAAAUAAGAAGAACAUCACCCACAUGAUUGCUCGCCUCCUUCCAUCCACCAUGGUCUUCUUCAUAUGGCAGGAAAGGAACAACAGAAUCUUCAGCAACUGCUACCAGCCCUCGCAGACAACUAGUGAGGAAAUCUACUAGCUUAUCAUAACUCACAUAACAAAUAUGGAGCACAAAUGCACCAUCCCAGCCCUGAUCUGAGAUGUUUGCAGCCUCCUAGAUCCUUAGAGUAAUGCUCCAAUGGCUGCAUUUCUUUCUUAGUUUUCUAGUUUGUAGUUUUCUUUUUUCUGUUUCCUUUUUAGAAUUGGCUAGGUAGUUUUGGAAUGUUGCGCAUUCCAGUCUCCUAGCCUAUUUUUAUUUUAGACUUCUCUCUCUUCUUUCUUUUUUUUUCCUUUUUGUACUGUUCCUAUGCCUGUUAUUUCAGUUAUUUUUUCUUCUUUGUUUCC